GCAGCGAUCAUCAAUCGCGCAAUGAGGAGGUGAGGAAAGAGGGUGAAUGCUGAGUGGGCCAAGCCAAGCAAGCAACAAAUCGUCAGUGGCGGCAGCUCGAUUGGUUCCAUUCUAGUGGAGCACGGCCACAUGCUUCACUGCUGGCUACAUCGCUACAGGGAAUCUCUCGCCUAUAAGGAGGAGCUACUUUGUGUGUGUGGCGCUAGUGCUCGUACAGCACACAGUCAAACAUGAGGGUAGCCUCAUCAUUUUCGGACGGUGUAAGAUGGGUGAGCUGCACCAACAGGGCAGUUUUGCCUGACCCCUUGAGGCGGCGAAGAAGAUGCUCCCGUUUGGAGUGAAGAAGACGGAGAUGGCUAGCAGAAAGGAGUGAGGGGCGUUCUUCCUCUCUUUCUCUCCUGCUCUACAAGCAUGGCUAGCGGCUGGAGAAAGGCUAGAAUUGCUCUCGGGCUGCAUGUUUGCGUCUCGGCUCCGCAUGAUCCUGAUGAUGAAGGCGGUGUCGAUGUGGAUCAGGCUGCGUCUCCAGCCAUGUCCCCUUCUCCUUCUCCCAGAUCUGGAGCUCCGAAUACUUCUGCAAGGUCUCCCUCUCGUCUCCAGCUGCUCCGGAGUAGCAUUCGUCUCUCUCGGAGUACGUGCUCCAUCUGCCUGGAGCCCAUGAAGCCCGGACUUGGCCAUGCUCUUUUCACAGCCGAGUGCUCUCAUACGUUCCACUUCUCGUGUAUUGCGUCCAAUGUACGGCAUGGAAAUCUGGUAUGUCCUGUUUGUCGAGCUAGAUGGAAGGAGGUUCCUUGGCAGGCUCCUCCAGAAGCAGGCAAGGAUCAAAAGCUUUCGCCGAGACCCAGACCAAGUCUUUCCAGGAACUCUGAGCAGGAAGGGAAUAACAACGGAGAGGGUGCUGAGGUCGGUGACGAAGAAUUGAGAAGGCUGGAUCCCGUGCUGAGAAUUCUAGAUGAGUCCAUUGCAAGUGCUCGAGGAAUCAGAAGGAACAGCACCCCAGAGCCACAAAGUUUCGAUGACGACGAGCCUCUGAGAGUGGACGGAGGUGGGGAAUUGAGUGCUGGAGGAGCAGAAAGCAGCGAGUCAGACCUCGUAAAUUCGGACGAUGGCAACCUUGAAGUAACCUGUCACCCCGAAGUCGAGAGCAUUUGCUACUCCGAGUCACGAGAUGAUUUUACGGUACUGGUUCACGUCAAGGCAUUAUCUGGAAACAAGCGGCCAGCAGCUGAGACUGUAAGCACUCAGGCUUUCUCAUCAAACACAACUUCUCGAGCUCCAAUCGAUCUUGUUACAGUCCUGGACGUGAGUGGGAGCAUGGCUGGGACCAAACUUUUGCUGCUCAAGCAGGCGAUGGGCUUCGUCAUUCGGAACUUGAGCCCCUCGGACAGGCUUUCGGUGAUAGCGUUUUCGUCAACCGCAAAGCGCUUGUUUCCUCUGCGUCGAAUGGUCGAAGAUGGCAAGCAACUUGCGCUCCGGGCCAUUGACGCGCUAGUCUCGACUGGAGGAACAAACAUUGCGGAAGGCUUGAAGAAAGGUGCCAAGAUCUUGGACGACAGGAGGGAACGCAAUCCAAUCGCAAGUAUCAUGUUGCUCUCGGACGGCCAAGACACUCACAGCUUGGGUGCUCGCGCUAAUGCCCAGCUAUCCAGAGGUGGCAGCUUUCGUCGGGGGCUAGGCUCUGGGAGGCACUUGAUGAUGCCUUAUGGAAGCGUCUCGUUUCCAGUCCACACUUUUGGUUUCGGGGCCGACCACGACUCGGCGACGAUGCAUUCCAUAGCCGAGAGCUCGGGUGGUACUUUCUCCUUCAUCCAAGCUGAAACGGCCGUUCAGGAUGCCUUCGCUCAGUGCAUUGGCGGCCUCCUCAGUGUCGUCGUCCAAGAUGCACGGCUCUGCUUCUCCACGGCGGGGGAGAACCUCCAGGUGAAGAGCGUCCAGGCAGGAAGCUACGAGAGGUCCAUCACUGACCAGGGGACCCGCGGCUUUGUCAAACUGGGAGAUUUGUACGCCGAAGAAGAAAGGGACGUACUUCUGGAGUUCCGCAUCCCCAUGCUCGAAAGUCCGCUGCUCUCAGCCGGGAUCGUCAGUGUCGAUUGCUCGUUCAAGGAUCCUGUUCUCCAGAAGCCGGUUCGCACGAGAACCAAGACACUGUCCAUAGACCGGCCAGGCAGCGUCAACAGGGAGAACCAAGUGGUGAGCGUGCAGGUGGAUAGGCAAAGGAACAGGAUUCGCACCGCGGAGACCAUCCUCGAGGCCGGAUGCCUGGCGGACAGGGGCGAUCUUGUCGGAGCCCAGCAAACGCUCCAGAGCGCCAAGGUGGCUCUCAGAAACUCGGCCGCGUCGCUUGCCGGCGACCAGCUCUCGAGCGCGCUCGAGUCGGAGCUGACGGAGAUCCAGGUGAGGAUGGCAAACAGGCAAAUGUACGAGCGCUCCGGCCGGGCUUACAUUCUCUCGGCUCAGAGCUCUCACUUCCGGCAGCGUGCCACUGCUCGGGGCGACUACGUCGAGUCCCACAGCCGGGACUAUCAAACUCCGUCCAUGGUGGACAUGAUCUUGAGGUCCCAGACGCUAACUUUUCCUUUGCCACCGUCGACUCCGCCGGCGGGUGCUACUGCUCUUCCUCCCGAGAGAUCGUCCUCGAUCGGCAGCAGGCAUUCGUAUUCAAGCUCGAGGCGGGCCUCUGGACGCGUUCACGACAUCGGAACUUCCUUGUAAAUAUGAAAGAAAAACGAGGUGGUUUUCGGGCAUUUAGGAUUUUUUAGAAAGGGGAAAGGAAUACACCUAUCAUAUCCAAAUGUAUUUUAGUACUGCAAUCCAACGGUUGUGAUUUCUUGCUCUUUAAA